AGGUAGCGGUAGUGGCGGCAGCCGGAGCGCGGCCGUGGGGAGCGUGGGCCCCGCGCUGAGGGGCGGUGCGGUCGCUCCGGAGCUGUGCGGGUUCGGCGGGGCCCGGGAGCUCGGUCACCGGCCCCGGCGGGCCGCGGCGGCGACGGCAUGGAGCAGACAGCGCCCAAGAGCAAACUGAAAAAGCUAAGUGAAGAUAGUUUAACUAAGCAGCCUGAAGAAGUCUUUGAUGUUCUGGAGAAGCUUGGUGAAGGGUCUUAUGGUAGCGUGUUUAAAGCAAUACACAAAGAAUCUGGACAAGUUGUAGCAAUUAAACAGGUCCCUGUGGAGUCAGAUCUUCAAGAAAUAAUUAAAGAAAUCUCUAUAAUGCAACAAUGUGACAGUCCUUAUGUUGUCAAGUACUAUGGCAGCUACUUUAAGAACACAGAUCUAUGGAUUGUUAUGGAAUACUGUGGAGCUGGCUCUGUUUCAGACAUAAUUAGACUGCGUAAUAAAACGCUAACAGAAGAUGAAAUUGCAACUAUUUUGAAAUCUACUCUUAAAGGACUUGAAUAUUUGCACUUUAUGAGAAAAAUACAUAGAGAUAUAAAAGCUGGAAACAUCCUUCUUAACACCGAGGGACAUGCAAAAUUAGCUGAUUUUGGUGUGGCUGGCCAGUUAACAGAUACAAUGGCAAAACGUAAUACUGUUAUAGGAACUCCAUUUUGGAUGGCUCCUGAAGUCAUACAAGAGAUUGGCUAUAACUGUGUGGCAGACAUCUGGUCCCUUGGUAUAACUUCAAUAGAAAUGGCUGAAGGAAAGCCUCCAUAUGCUGAUAUUCACCCAAUGAGGGCUAUUUUUAUGAUUCCUACAAAUCCCCCUCCAACCUUCCGGAAGCCAGAGCUCUGGUCUGAUGAAUUCACAGAUUUUGUGAAGAAGUGCUUAGUGAAAAAUCCUGAACAAAGAGCUACAGCAACCCAGCUGCUACAGCAUACAUUUAUUAAGAAUGCUAAGCCAGUUUCAAUUUUAAGGGACCUGAUCACCGAAGCAAUGGAGAUAAAGGCAAAGCGACACGAGGAACAGCAGAGAGAGCUAGAAGAGGAGGAAGAAAAUUCGGAUGAAGAUGAGCUGGACUCUCACACCAUGGUGAAGACCAAUUCAGAGAGCGCUGGUACCAUGAGAGCCACCAGCACAAUGAGUGAGGGCGCUCAGACAAUGAUUGAGCACAACAGCACCAUGUUGGAAUCAGACUUGGGGACCAUGGUAAUCAACAGUGAUGAUGAUGAAGAGGAAGAUGGGACCGUGAAACGAAAUGCUACUUCACCACAAAUUCAAAGACCUUCUUUCAUGGACUACUUUGAUAAACAAGAUUCCAAGAAUAAAAGCCCUGAAAACUGUAAUCAGAACAUGCAUGAACCUUACCACAUAUCCAAAAACGUUUUCCCUGAUAACUGGAAAGUCCCUCAAGAUGGAGACUUUGAUUUCUUAAAAAAUCUGAGUUUAGAAGAAUUACAGAUGAGACUAAAGGCUUUGGACCCUAUGAUGGAACGAGAAAUUGAGGAGCUUCGUCAGAGGUACACUGCAAAGAGGCAACCUAUCCUAGAUGCGAUGGAUGCGAAGAAACGGAGGCAGCAAAAUUUCUGAGUUUGUUUUCCUUUCAAACAUAAUACUAGGAGUCAGUAUGGACACUGGUAACUUUGUAAGCCAGAAGGAAUUUGAUUAUGAGAGUUUUAAAAAAUCCAAUCUGUUAAAUUUUCCUUCAUCAGCAGCGACAAUUGCAGCACUCAAGAAUAUUCAUAUGGUGUUCUGCAAAGGCAGCAAAACACUUUAGCACUUGUUUGCAUUUUCAGAUGUUUAAUGUAAUAGGAGUUUAAUCUGUUACUUCCCAAUCUUUUUCAGGUGGGUAGGGAUAACUUGGUGUUGUACAUUGGGAGUUGUGUUUUGGAGCACCUGGAAUGUUUUCUUGAUUGUGCAACACUACCGAGCCUUAUAUUGCAAUGUAUUUUUCUCCCACAUAGUAGCAUAUUUAUUAUGUAAUCUUUGGCUAUCUUAUUUAUUUUAUGCCUGUUUUCUGUUGGGAGGUAUUAGGAUAACACUGUGGAGAGCAGAGUCAAAUUAGAUAAACUUGCUAUUGUAGUAUAAUGAAAAGCUGCUCACCACUGUAGUAUCUUUUAAAACUCCAAAUUCAACACAUAACCUGAUUCAGGACAGCACUUGAACAUGUAUCCAGCCCAUUCAUAGCAGUAAAAUUUAGGAAUAAAGUAAGUAAUAGGCACGUCUUUUUCUGCUCUCCUGAAUCAGGGACUGUUGUACAGUACAGUUGUUACACUACAGAGCAUUCUUUGAGAGAGGAUUUCUGUCAUUUGUACGCACACUGAGUCAGCUGUCAUUAAACAAGAAAACAAGUGCCUAAUCAGUUUUAAUUUUUGUUAUUCAGGAGAAGCAAUACUUACAGUCACUCCUUAAGUGUAAACUUCCAAUUGCUAUUGCAAUUCUGACCAGUAUAAACCUCUAUUUUGCACGGUAGUUUUAUAAUGAAGUAACAGCUACACUUUCUGGAUAUGUUUUUUGUUUCAUUUGGGGUUUUUUUAAUCACUGUUUUGAGGGGAGAGGGGAAUUAUUAGUGCUUUGGGGUUUGUUUGUUUUCAUAUUGUAGCUACAAAGGGAUAGUAAUUUAAAAACCAAAGAAAAUGAAUUGAAUACUUAUAUUUAAUAAGUACAGAAAAGAAGCAACAUUUAAUAGUUUUCUGGGGGGUUUGUCCUGCAACUGCUAAACAUUCAAAAUUCCUAUAGUCUUCUGUUGGUAGAUUUUGGGGACUCAGAAAUGCAGGACCAAGCUCUUAAUAGCUUUUUAUAAGUUCUUGUCUGGUUUAUGUUGUUGACUAUCUAUUGGUAGAAUUUACAAUGUUGUAAGAAAUAUUUCAGACUUCGCAGAAAAUGUGAUCCACUCUCUAAACAAUCUGCUGUGUUCUGUAUUGAAAUCUUUACUAUCGUUGCCUUGUAUGUAAAUAACUUCACUGUGAUAGUCAUACUUCUUUAAACAAUACAGCUGAAAAGAUCUUUACAUUCAGCCUUCAGCUGUUAAACUUUUAAUGGUGACUACUGUAUGGGCAUCUUCUGUUAAACGUUUUCUGGAAGUUAGUAAUCAUCUCAUACCUCUUAACAUUAAUUGUCAACAUAUGUGGACCAUUUAGAUGGAAUAGUGCCAAUUUUGGAAAUGAUGCAUUAUGUCACAAAGCUUAUGCCAAUGGAAACAAAAAGUUCUUAGAGGAUCAGCAUUCUACAGCCAUGCUGGUACCAGUGCUUGGGUUUGAGCUGUAUCCAGCCAUCGCUGUCCUUGUCAUUCUCUGUGUGUUUGCAUGCACACCACGCUCUGACAUGUAAACCCUAGAGGCAAAUAAAUCUUAAUUGUGAUUAUUAGAACGUCCUUAUCCUCAACUCUCUUCAUACUUCUUAGAGCAGUGACCAUUCCUUGUGAAAAUGCAAGAACACAGAAGAUCCAUAAAAAUUACUUUAGGCAAGAUAAAAUGCACCUGGUAGUCCUAUGCCUCACAUUUAUACAACUAAAUGAUGUAAAGUAAAAAAUGGUAUAAACAUAUCACUGUGUCAUUAGAUUAUAAUCAUAAUGCAGGAAAAAAAUAACAGCAUCAACUUCCCCCUAUUACUGUGGUUCUUAUUUAUUUAAAGUAAUUUCUACUUCUUGAACUUUCUGUUCUCAAAAGCUCAAAGAUGUGUGUUCAUACAUUGAUUUGUGUAGAUAUACACACAUAUAUAUUCAUAUCUAUAUAUAUAAAAGAGAAAAUAUAGAGCAGGUUUAAACCAUCAGGAGAGGAGCCUAGCUUGCCUUUUCUUGGUGUGCCUUUUAAGCAAAGUAUCAUUGUCUAGACACUCCUACUUGCAUUUUCAGCAGCUAGAUUUUCCCUUACUCAAACUUUUCCCACCAAAAAUAAAACUUUGAGUUUGAAUAAUGUGGCUUUACAGUGUAAUAGACAAGAAUAUAACAGGAUCACAAAUUUCUUAUUUUGUGUAUUUUGAAAACUUCAGUAAUGUGGUACCCCAAAGAUGAACUGGGAAGUCCGUGGGGACUCCAAUAAAAGGCUAUUUUAGACUAGAGCUGUUGCAGUCUGACAUCUGAAAGCUAUCAGAAGGUAAAUGACAUCCUUUUUUUCUAUCCUGAUAUGUCUACAUAGAAACAACUCAGACUUUGUGCACAUGCAUGCACACAGAAAUGGAAUAUACAUGCAUGAGGAAAAUCUGAAUGGCGUGAAUAAAACAAAUAAAACAAGCUACUGAAAAGGGUGAAAAGUAGCAUCUGAUGCACUGUAAACUGGGUAGGUACAGGAUGUUUGUGACCAAAGAAUACUUUCAUAAAUUAAUAUGAAAUUGGUAUGUUGCCAUUCUGGUAUGGUGCAAACUGCAGUCAGUGUAAGAGCUGCCUUGGGCUUCAGCAGCCAGCAUAGGAACCUCUGGAUCCUCUGCAAGCACUGACAUUGUGCUCAGAGAUGGAUGCAACUCAUUUUUUCUUUCCUCUGUUUGUACAAAUGAAUCAAAUCAUCCAUGUUGUUGACUACACAUCUCUACUGGAGGAUGAGCAUCUCUAUGAAGGAAAACCAAUAGAACAAUAAAUAAGAUAUUUUAAAAGCAAGCCUUGCAGGAAAUCUAAUAGAACUACUGACAAGUUAACCUUCAAUAGGAUUUUAACCAAGCAAUUUCUUGUUUGCUUCUGACUUUGUAUGUUUAGGUUUAGUAAGUUAAAACAAUUUUGGAAAAUCAUUGCUUAUUACUAAACAUUUUUAAUAAAAGCUAAUUUUUCCUGUAUAAUUGUUGACUUCUUCAUUCUAACUGAAGCAAAAUGAUCUUAAUAAUAAUCAUUAAUGUUCAUUUCCGUAGUCAUCCCUCAUGCUUUGUUUCCUUUCUGUAACACUGUGAGCACAGAAACCCACGUCUCUCAAAGUCAGCUCUGGAAAGGAUUUUUCCAGAUCACAACAGUGCUGCAAGAACUAGAAGUCUGAGGAUCCCAUGAAAAUGGAUCAGGCCAGAAAUCCUCAGUUCUCUGUGGAAGUCUUCUCUCUGCAAUCUGAUGUUGCUGAAGGCCUAAUCCUGAGACAGCUGGGCAUCACUCAAAUAUCUUGGCUGUCUUCCUAAACUUGGAGGUGCUAGUGCACAUAAGGGGUAUGAGUUGUUCCUUUGUUGUUCUCAUGACACUAGAAAACCAGUAGGCAAUUGAUAGACUUGAGUAGAAAAGUGGCUACAUUUAAUGUCUGGAAUAUAAUUCUAUUACCUGUUUCUUCUGACUUUUUAAAAUUAUUCUCUUAAUAACUUGCCCACAAAUACAUUUCAGUAAAAGGAACUCAUGACUGAUGCUCCUUAGUAAACCCCGGGGUGUUUGAAGUCACAAAAAUUUGAUGCUAAUCUGAAUUAAUCUGACGUUUAUUGGAUAUUGUAAUUAUUUACUACUUUUUUUACAGCAAAAAAUAGCUUGUCUGCAUUGCACAGUGUAUUUUGAUGAGCAUGCACAGUGGCUUUGGGCUGCUUCUCUAUUCAGUGUGUUCAAAUUUCAGAUAUAAUUAUGGCUCAUGGUGAGUGAAUCCCUGCCCAGGGAUACAUGGGAUAGCCUGACUCACCAUGGAAAGGCACUGGUGCUUCCAAGCAGAAUGUGUACUGUACAACUUCUGUGAAGCACUUGCUCUGCAUAUGGCUCUAUCAGUGUGGUAUGCUGAGGGUUACUCUUUCUUAAGUGUAUACCUGGUUAUAAAGCUCAUCAGAAAGACCUCAUGAAGUAAGAAAGUCUUUAUUUCUUUGCAUUCUUAAAUAUGUGAAAGUUCUUCAAUUGGAGUCCAGCUUACAGUGACAUUUCUUUCUGUCUUUCCAAAGGCAGUGAUGCAUGUUAAAUAAUUUAGCUUGAAAUAGAUCCAAGAUUAUCGAGUCCAGUGUUAACCCAGCCCUGCAAACUCCACACUAAACCAUGGCCCUCAGUGCAGCAUCCACAUGUCUUCAAUACAUCCAGGGAUAGUGACACCACCACUUCCCUGGGCAGCUGUUCCAGUGCCUGACAAUCUUUUCAGUGAAGAAUUUUUUCCCAGUACCAAAUUAAGACCUGCCCUGGUGCAAUUUGAGGCUGUGUCAUGCAGCUGGCUGGGAAAUUUGCUGUGGGAUAUUUCCGUGCCAGGCUGUGAUGCAGCAGUGCUAUGCCCACUAUUGACAACGAAAGCCUUGGACACAUCCUGCAUAGCCCAUGUUGUUUCUCAUGAUUGUGUUGUGCCAAAUGGAUAUUAAUAAGCCAAUUAAUAGCUUAAGCUUUUUGGAGCAAGCCUAAUUACGUUGAUGGCUUAGUGUGAAGUUAUUAAGUUGCAUUUGUGAAAUACUUUUUCACAAAAUGUGUUUCUACUCUUUGUUCAGUGCAUUCAUUCUGGAAAGGGCCUAUCUUUUACAUGGUGUGCUCUCAUCCAUUUUGAUUUGGUUUAAUUUCUUAGCAUUUUUAAAGUAUAUGUGAAAAUUCCCCAUAUUUUCCUCCUUCUCUUCCUCCUGCUAAGGAAAAUGAAUGUGGGCAUUACUUUUUAGGAGCAUCCCCUGAGCCAAGUGUCCUUUGCACAUAGUGGGCACAUGCAGAUGUCAGCAAGAGCUUUUAUUCUCUUUUUCUAUUCAGAGAUCACGGAAGUCUCAGCUGUCCUGUUUUUUCUUUUUUUGAAAGGAUGGGAUGUUCAGAUUCUGAGCAAAUCUUUCAGAAUAAUUGUUAGUCCCAGACCAACAGAUGCUUUAUACUUUUUUCCAUUAUUUGCUACACAGUCCUCAGGACAGAUUCACACUUCAUUUCACUAGGCCUUCAGAGAGUCGUCUGCAUUGGAGAAGAGUAGUGUUUGUCACAGAAACAGGAAAAAAGAAACAAUUUUUAAAAGUUUUCUUUGGGGAGAGAAGAAAAAGAAUAUGGCAUCUGCAGGUGGCCAGGUGGCUUAUGAGGCUAACUGUGGAUGUGAGGAAAAAUGUGUUGGCUGAAAAAAGCAAAUCAGGUAGUCAUCUGUACAACUUACUGCUCUGUGUUGAUGUUUCACAUCUGAUUUUCUUCCAUUAAUGUUUAUUGUCUUCGAUGUUCAUGCUUUAUUCAUCCUUUAAAGAUAGAAGUUUUAAAUUUUUUUAAGCUUUAUAUAAAUGGAAACAUACCAUAACAGUGCCAAGUAAAUAAAAAUGAAAAAGAACCUAAUCAAAGUCACCAAAGUGGGGGUGUUUUCUCCUCCUUUCUUUGGGGUUACAGACGUUUCUGAUGGCAGACGUUUGUCUGUGCAUGGAGAGACUUUGCAUGCUCCAGCUCUGGGCAGACAUAGAUGGAGAUGGUUUCAUUGGAGGGCUGGCUGAGCUGUGCCCCUGCUCAGGAUGUCCUGUAAGUGUUGUGCCCUGCUGGAAGCCGCUGCUGUCCCCCUGCUCCUCUCCCUGCCGGCCGUGCUGCAGGCACUGGGGCUCCUGCAGAGCGCGAGGAACCAGCCCACGGCAGGGAGCCCUGCUCUGCGCAGAGAGCAGUGGGAGCCUGGGAGCUGUUGAUCCCCAGCAGGGCAGCACUGAGCUCAAAUCAAUGCCUGUGGUCUGGGAAUCCUUGGAGGAGCCAGCUGUUACCUCAGGGACAAAGCCAUGCUGUGGUGGCAAACAGUUUCUGAUGCUGCUUUACUUGGUUGACUGGACUGCAGCAUGGCCCAUGGCCUUUGGGAAAAAUAAAGUUCCUUGUGUCUAUUUUUUAUUGAUGUACAAAAAAUAUUUAGGAAGUGAUCUCAGUGCAGUGGAAGAGUUCAGCUAACAACCUCUCCAUGCCCUGUGCCAGGACCUACCUUAGUGCAUCAGCACUUUUCCUCAGCCUCCCAAGUUCCUACUGUGGGUGCUGGCUUUAGCUUUGCCAGAAGUGAUGGUGUGAGCAGGAAUUUUUCAUGUGCUGUUGGCAAACAGCCAGAGUUCUUGCCUGGUGCUGGUACUUGUUUGGUGCAAACAGGCCUUUCUAAAGGCCACAGAAAAUUCAGAGGGGUUAAACUGGGCGCUAAGUAGGGAGCUGCCCAGGCAGCAAGAAGACACUGGAAGGAAUUAAAACUGUAAUCUGAUUCUGGGCUCAAAUAGAUUUUCUCUCUGUCACAAUGUGGGGAAACAUUAUUGGCAUUCACCAUUUACCAUGGCACUGCAAAGCCCAGCAGCCUUUAAAAUUUUUCCUUUAGGUAUCACAGCUACAGAAAUUAAAUUUGUAAAUAUACAUGGCCACAUGCUAAUGUACCUGCAUAUAUUUUCCUCUGUCAAAUUAAUUAGGCCACAUGUUGUUUACUAAAAACUGGUUUUCUCUCUUUGUGGAUAUUUCUUCUGAGGACAGAUAUUGCAGUAUCUCUCCCUAGCUUCUCCCAGAGAAAAGCUCAGCCCUCCCAGUCCUGUUUCACUGCCCUGUACAGUAUUUGGAGCUGACCAGUAUAAUUCUCACAGCUGUUCCUUUGCUGCAUACAGGUGUGCCCAGAAACAAGCACCCUACCCCCGCAUUCCUCCUUUCAUUCCCUCGGUGCUACUGGAAGGAUUGAUGCAUGAGAAGGUGGCUGUGGCCCUCAGAUGUUUCUAGCACUAUUUCUUUUCCCCUAUUCAGAUCUUUCUGCUGCUUUGCACUCCUCCUGGCUCCCAAGGCCUGCAUGGUUGCUGUUAAAAAAAGCCUCACAGCAAAUACAUCAAAGAGGGAUACCAAAAGCUUUUGAGUUGAUUUAUAUGACACUAAGCCUUUUGUGUGAUGCAUCAAUUGAUAUUUCAUUUUUAUUGCAGUACAGUGGGGUAUAUGGGCUUAACAGCAAGAGGUGUCCUUUUGAUCUCUCAUCGCACAUGAAAACAGGUGUCAUAGUCCAGAGAUUAUGGAGGUCAGAGAUUAUUUGAGGAAGGAUUAAGUAGCAGUACAUUUUUCAUAGCAACCAUAUCCAAAAGCAUGAGAUUCUUUUAAAAGUGCAGCUGUUAUUUCAGUCUAGAUAAGUCGUAUUUAUUUGUCAUAUACCAAUUUUUCCUGCUGAAAGAAGACUAGAAUUUUUCGAAGUGUUUUGUAUUAAAAAUGCAGAAACAAGUCAAAUGCUUCACUUGUAAGUACAAUUAAUAAAAUAACUUUUCCUGAAAUCCAGAAGAAAUUUUGCGUUGCUUUUCCUGUUAGUUGAUCUUUAGAGAAAAUGGACUUGAGACUGUUCAGAAGAUAAUGGGGUGACUGUAUUAAUGUUCAGCACUGCACCAAUUUAUAUACACAUACAAUUGCUUAGUCUAAAUCUGAUUUACCUCAGAAAGUUAACAGAAUUCUCUGAUGUGAUGAGUACUGGUUCAGUAUUUCAAUAAAUUUUCAAUAAAUACAACUGAAAUAUUGCUCUGACUCAUUCCAAGAGUCUCUCAUUCCAUUAGAAACUCUAAAACAACCAAAAGCAAUUUGGUAACCCACUAUAGGUAUGUGGGUAUCUCUCCUGCUAAGGAAACACAUCCACCACUUAUUGCUCAGCUUUUAUAAAAAUAGAUUUGUUUUUGAGGCUGUUUACAUUCCACAAUGUAAUGUGGAUAAAAUCAAUAGCAAUAGCGUUGUAUUAGAUUCAACAAACCCAAGAAGCCUGUUUCUUCCAGUUAGUGUAAUUAUAAUUUUGUUGACAAGCAGAUGUUUAAACAGCCCCCAAAUAUGUAAUUAUUAGAAUAAGUAAGGAAUUGAGGAUCUCUAGGAUGAUAGGACCAGCAAUACAGUAAUCCUGCAUCCCAAAUUUUAAUGCAAAUUUAUUCCAAGAAUAAGUAUAAUUUUGAAGCCUUUUAAGUGUAGCUAGUGCUGAUUUAUUCAGUCCAUCAACUGACAUCAGUUUAUACAUCUCAUAGCACUUGUCUUCAGUUACUGCCUCCACAAAAACCUCAACAGUUUGGUCCUAUCUUUCAGCUAGAGUAGGAGAAAGUCUUAUUUGCACAGUGUUUGACUAAUGUGAACUGUUUAGUUCAGCUCUUUGCUCUAGCACGAGGAGCAACCAUUCAGGCUUUUUUAGAAGAACCGGUGCUGCAUUUCUGAGCUGUCUCCCAGCUUCUGUCCUGAUCAGUGGGUCGAGGCUGCUCGGGGCUGAAUGGGCAGCUGCUGUGUUCCCUCAUCACAGCAAGUGACAGAACCUGCAUGGCCUUACCUCCCCAGGAUUGUGCAGCUGCCAGCCUCGUGUUGGGAGUGCCAUGCUGUGACCCAGUGAGGAUAUGUCUAACACUCCUGGCUGUGUGUAGAAAUUUGAAGUUGAAACAUUGGGAAGGUGGGCUCUGACUUUUGGUCCAGAUCUCUAAAUGAGACCAUGCAAGACAUGACUGCCCUGUGCACUUUGCAAGGAAAGAAUUGGAACACUGUUCAGUUGCAGCUUUGUUUUCCCUUCAGGUUUGUUCUUCUCUGGGCUGCAUUGUAUUAAUGCUUUAUUUUAAAAGCUCAGAACAGAAACAGACUAACUUUUCAUUCCCUAUGGCUUUCCUCUCAUCUUCUCUGGGAAGAUGAAAAGAUGCACUUUGCUUUAUAAUACUGGUUUCUCAGGAUGGAAAAUUGUCAGGUGUUUUGUUUCAGGUAUCAUUAACUGUCUAGCAAAGACUUUUUCUUCUGUAUUCUUGGUAUGUCUAGACUGACCUUUCUCUGAAUCUAAAGGGAUUCCCAAGGAAAUCAAAUGCACCUGUCACCUCUGUUCCUUUCCCAGCAUGUUAAAUUGUUUUGGUGCUCUGGGGCUCCUGCUGAGUGUGAGGAAGCAUAUUUGUUUUUCUCUGUGCUGGUGGAUGGGCCAGUGCUGUGUUACUCUGCCUCACAUGAGGCAGAAUCCUUUGUGCUCUCCAGCAGUGCACUGAUAGCACUGGGGAGAGCACCAGUACAGUUCCAAUUUGGGGAAUUUGAGAGCCAGGAGUGGGGCUGCCCUCAUCAAUGUAUAAGGAAGGCCCAAGCAUUUUUGCCAUCAAAAGCAUAAGCAAAAUUUCCCUAUAUUUAUAAAGCAUUUCCAAUACUGCAGCUGAGAUGUCCCUUGCAAAAAUCAACAGUCAGGCCUGGUAGUUCACUUGCCAGGCUGAGGAAGGAAGGAUUGGAGAAGGAGCUGCAUCCUGACUUUGGCUGGUUGAGAUGUCCCUGUUGUGGGGCCUGCCUUGCCUCUCUGCUGACCCUGCAAGAGAGGGGGAGACACAAAAGGUGAGUAGGAUGGGGAUAAGCCACUCUUCUGGAAGGUGCUUGCAAGUGGCAUCACCUCUUCCCUGCUUUCAGCUGUCUUCUUCAGAGCAUGCUCCCACAGGGAAUGCUGAGAACAGCUCACCAAAGAAAAAUACAUCCAGGGCUUCUUCCUUCAAUAGGGAAGGGAUCAAAAUGUUAAAAAAUGAUCAUGCCAACUAUGGCAGUAGGAAGGUGUGCCUUGGUAUGGAAAGAAGAAUGAAAUAACAGGGAGAGUAGAUUUUUCCCAAAAGUAAACCACAAUUUUCUGCCAUACUUGGAAAACCUAACACAGGGAGGUGCUAGCCCAUAGUCUGACAUGCCUAGGCACUGAUACAAUGGAAAUAAAUUAGAAUUUACCUGAUGGUAAUCAAAUGGAUCUUCCUUAAUGGGGCUAUGGUAGGGUGUCAGUAUUCAGAACAUUUCCUAGAAUGGGAUGGAACAUGAAUUUCAAAAACAGCAUAGUAAUUUGAAAGGAUAAUUUCUACUGAAAGUUAGUGGGAUUGAUGUUCCUAAUUCAGGAACUCCAAACCCCCAUUUUGCUGUGUUACAACCCCAGCACAUCACUUUUUCUCAUAUGUCAUGGAGGCUGCAGGAAUAGCCUCAUCAGGCUAUGGCAGACAGAGAGGGUGAAGCAGGAGGUACAGGACUUGGGAUGGGCAGCACAGCAGCUGCUGGCAAGCAAACUCAGCUGCUGUGUGAGUACCACUCAUCUUCCAAGUAAGAUGAAGAGUUUUCUUUGAAAGUCAACAGCAUCAUCAGUGGAAUUGUCUGCUCAAAGCUACACAGACUUUUGCACCACACAGAACAUCUGUACAUUGGGUGACAACAAGCAGAUGUUGGACCGUGUAUCUGAAAAUGGGCAGCUCUUGGGCUGCUUUAGAUCUGUAGAAGGAAUUGUCAGAUUUAUAGCAGUCUUUGUCCAAUUCCUGAAAACUUAGCCCUGUUUAUAUCUGAACAGGGAUUUGUGAGAAGCCAGAGCCCAUUAGUACCCUUAAAGAAAAAAAGCAAGAGUGGGAGGUGCUGAUGUUUCUUUGCACUUCUGUGAAGCUGAAAUGCUGGAUUUGUGCCACUGCCUCUUAUGGCAAAUUCAUGUGUUUAUUCAAGUGAGGACUUACAUGAUUUAGGGUUGUGUGUAAAGGGUGAGGCGAUGUCAGGCAAACAAAUUUCUGCAGUGGGAGGUCAGCGUGAGUCCCAACACCUGCAAGAUGAUUCUCCAUCCUCAUUUCCAGCAGGGCAAAUAAAUUCCAGAGCCAGACCUUUGCCAGCAGUGUCAUGUGAUCUUGGGAAACACUUUCUAGACUGUUUGGAGGUUGCUUCCUCCACUUGACAACUCGUAAUUUUAUAUCUGAGGGGUGAAGAGAUCCACAAUUUUUAAUGAGAGUUAUGUUUCUUAGCAGCUUCAGUGAUUGCUCUGUGGAACUGUUGCUUUGAAUAAUGUAUUACCCAUUGCUCUAUUUUUAACCCCGUAAAUUAUUCUCAGAUGAGAAGCAAAAUAUUUUUUUUCAGUAAAAAGGCAGAAUCAGUAAAAAAUGCUUCAGAAAUCAGAUGGGAACAUUCUUUUAUCCUGUCUGAAUAGUGUGCAACUUGAAAGUUAGUUACAGGAGAUCAAAUUAAUUUCUGAUGUAACUUAAUGGGAAGCCAGGUGCAUAAAUUGGAAAAGAAAAUAAGAAUAACAUAAUGAGAAAAGAACAUUUCUGGCACAACACCUCACCAAGGGAUAUGACUGGUGCCUUGGGUUGAAUGUUGUUUGAAAGCACCAUCAAAGGUAGAUUAAAGUCAGGAGCAUUGUGGGAGGAAAUGGAUAACCAGCACAGCAGGAGCAGUUACUCCAGGGGCUUUCUGCUGCUUAUAUGUGCACAGCUGGGGCCUCUAGGGAUGGGGCUUAUUUUGGAAGAGAUGAAAGGUCGUGUCAAGUUGAUUUAGUGCCUACAAAUGCUGCUGGUAUGUUGUUUAGUCCCUAAUCUGUCAGGUAGAGAACAAGAGGCUUGUACUGUUUGUUCAACUGAAAAAUGUGGGUUCCCCACCACAACCACCAAUUAAGAGCAUUUCUAAGAAUAGAAAUCUAGCCUGAUGUGCAUGUUUAAAAAAACUUAUCUGCACAAUGAGACUCAGGCUUCUCUGAUUAUAAUAUUUACUCAGAAUGUCCUGAAACUUAAAUCAGUUUUAGAUCUCUGGUAAAAGAUAAUUUUUUAUGCAUUUAAUUUCCUUUUCGUGGCACAAAACUGAGUUAUUUAGUGCAUUACACACUACUGGGACAAGACACACAGUACAAAGAGCACCAAAUACACUAGUUCCUUGCAGUCUUGUAAAGUUCUAUACAAAAAGGUACAAAUACUGGAGGUAAUAAAUUUGGAAAACUAAAUGCAAAGUUUUUUGGUUUUAAGUUUGCAGUGUGAAGUGGCCCAUGCUCUAUAUAACAUGGGAGGAAAAACCAGUCUGUUUUCAAAAUGGAAAGUCUGCAGGGAAAGAGAGAAUUAGCAACUGAUGAAAGCAAAUGAGUAAUAAACCAGGCAAUAAUACAAAAUCUGAACAUACAUAAAAAGCUUAAUCACAAGCUAUAUAUAGAUUUUACAUCUCAGGAACAUAAUGUAACAUUUUGCUUUUCAAGGGCAUCUCUGACUCUCAUAAUACCCUAGAUUUGUACUAGAAAUCCAGAUUCUCUAACAGUUUAUUCUUUGCAAUAAAGUGAGUUACCUCAUUUGAAAUAUUACCACAAUUCUCAUUUAAAUGAUACAAAGCUCUCAGAGGAAAGGGAGUAGGCACAGCAUUUCCACUGGUGCCACAAAGGUGACUGUCACAGGCAGGAGGAGCACAGGCUCCUGCAAUGUUCUUCAGAAAACUGCACAUCCAUACUGAGCAGAUUCCUGACCAGCUCUGGACAAAGUAGCCAGUUAGUGCUCUCAUCCUUCAGUCCUGACCCAGUGGUGUGUGGCAGUGCAGAUGCCCUGCUCUCACACAGCAGUGAGUGAGGAAAUCUGGCAAAAGUACUGACUGUGCAAAAAGUCUCUUCCCCCCUGUGAAGCUUUGGAGAGAUUGCAUUUUUUCUUCAAAGUGUAAAGUAAACAUUUUCCUGUAGCUUUUAUUAAAUGAGAGGUAAGUUUUUGCAGCACUUACUGCACUGAGCCCUAGAAUAGACAUUACUUCAUAAAAUGGCAGGAAAGAUGUGCCCUGUUCUCCUUACCUAGAUAUUUUGGGGGCAGCUAAGACAGCAAUGUUUCUGAAAUCAUUAAAUUGUUAUUCUGCUCAGUAAAAAAUUCUGUUAGCCAUAAGCAAAUAUUAAAACUGCUGUACAGUACUGUCCAAUGCUCAAACAUAAUAAAUCUGAGCAGGAGUAAUGCAAAAAAAGGGCUACAUCCCCUAGUGUGGCCAGGAGAACAGGACUUGCAAAAAGAAAACUAAAAGGAAGCUUGAGAGGUAUAAACCUGUGAAAAUGCGUAUGUAAGGCCAUAUGGUUGCUGUCUAUAAAUACACUAAGAGGAAAAUGAAAUUUUUAAGCUAAAGAACAGUGUUGGCAAAAAAAAAAUACUGGUAUAAAGCAGCCAUUAAUAAAAUUGUGCUAAAAGUUGUGCAAGCCUUGGAGAGCUCUGGAAUGGUCUUCAGGAGGAGGGGGGAGCAAAAAUGUGACUACUUUUAACAUGGAGUCAGUUAAGUUUAUGAAAGGAAUUCCUGUGCACUGUGUAAAGUAAUUGCCAUGAUAAUAAGAACAUCUUAAAUUUCAGUACUUUAUUUAUUUAGUGUCUUUGAUCAAAAGCACUUAUAUAAAAAUGCAAUAAUGAAAAUUCCUUUCAACCAGUACAAUAAAAGUUGGAAUUCCUUGGGUAUUUCAUUUUCUUUAGUGAAAUGCAAUUUGAACAUGUUACAGUGAAUAUUUGCAGAAAUGACGGAACAUCAGUCCUACAAAUAAUAAUAAAUCUAGAACAUAAGAUAAGCUAUAGGUUAUUGAAAUGAUGUGUUGCAAAGUUAAAUCCAACCUUUGCAAUGUUUAACAAGCAACAGCUGAGGGAAUUUGUGGCUCUUUGGCAAGCCUACAGGGCUCACCAAAUAACUGCUCUCAAAGUCUCCGGUUUUCAGCUCUGUAAAUCUACUGUUUAUUAAACUGAGGUAAAACCACUGCCUGGAGCUGAGUUCUCCAAAAGCCCCACCCAACAGACAGAGUUUGGGGUGUCCUUUGCAUCAGUGAGAGAAUUGCAAACCUUGCAGCAGGUAACCUGACUGGAGGGUAUGUGCUGCCCAUGCCCACCUCUUCCUCCCCUUGUUUCUUUCUUCGUGUCUCAGUUCCAGGGGUGACCUCAUGCUGCUCCGUGUGUCAGGUGGCUGAUUGUGGGUGUGCACAUGUGCAGUAUGAAUCAGGGACAGGAAUGCUGAAUUUAUGCCUGAAUUUAUGCUGAAUUUAUCCAUUUCUACAGAAAUGGAAUUGAACCGGCCCUAUCCAGCAGUGUAAACCUUAGCAAAAUGUUUCAAGUUUGGUCACCAAAUUCAGGUUAUCCAGGUGUACCUUCAGGACCACGUGUAUGACACUUUCAGUCUCAGGGACAGCAAGCAAUGGCUUGCCAACUGACUUAUAACUUGUGCAGGCUCUGUUGGAAAUUGGUAAGGUUGGAAAUGACCUUUUCCCCCUCACACUUCAUGGCCUAAAUCAGCUACUGAUGUGAGGGGAGGGUGUCCAACAGAAAUGGUGGUGGGGGGAGAGUAAGUUAUUUCACACUGUGUAUUCUGUCAUGGAUCACUGGGCAAACAGAAAUGUGAUCCUGGGUGCUCAGCUUUCUGUUUUUUACGUGGAGCUGAUACAGCAUCAAAGGAUCCAGAACAAGAUGCAACCUCUAAUAGCCUUAAUGAGGCAAUUACCUAUUCAUACCAUAUUUGCUUUAUUUUGUUGGUUGAGCCACCCUUUGUCAUGGUUUAAAAACACAGUCUUCCAAAAAGACAAUUUCAGCUUUAGUAUUUUUUCUUCUAACUAGAUUGAAUUUAAUUUCUGCACCUCUCUAGUCUUCACAAGUAAAACUAACAAAAAAUUAAUUGGAACGUUAUAUGUAAUGAAUGGGAUGGAAAAGCAGUAGGAUCUGAAGAGAAAUGCUGUUCUGCCCACUGAGUGCCAGUAGUUUGUUUUCUAGCACAGAUGUAAAAAGAGGGCAGCAGUGCCUUCUGCCUGUUGACUACAAGUGUUUGAUCUCUGUACAAUUGCGUAAGGGAGGAGACUGAGCACUCAAAAACCAACUCUAUGCAGAUUCAUUAUUACUCUUGAAAUUGCAUAUGAUCUGUUCUCUCGUGUUUUGUUUUGUUUUUUUAAACAAGUACAUGCCAGCCCUUGAAAGGAUUAAAAUUGACUACAUCACAGAAGUAGGUAGGAGGAUCUACCCACAGAUAGUGCAGUAUUAAGCUCUUUAUCUGUUCCCUUCUUAGGCCCUUAGACUCUCCCUUAGCUGUAAAUUGAGAAUUUCUUUCUGAGUGAAAAUGGUUUUUUGCUUAGAGAUUCCUUGGCAGAAAUUUUAAUGGAAUUGUCUGUCAUCAACACCUGCUUUCAAGCUUUACCGAUAAAAUUAGAUUUUAUAUCUCAGCAUCACAUAUGGCAUCUUUAUAAUUAGUCUUUUUGCAGUAUAUGAAUGUCAGUUCCUAAAAUGCUGCCUGUACUGUUCAUGUGGGAAUAUUUCACUUCAUUAAUCAAAUCCAAGUUUUUCAUUGGUGCUUCGAAUUGUUUAAAGCCCACAUCUUCAUAUGUCUAAUCUCAACACCUUUUUGAUGGACUGAUACAACACAUUUGCAGCUGCACUGGGACCAAGCUGUGAGCAGAUCCCUUCUGGAAAUGGGAUUCUAGAGCUCUAGAUGGGCCUCCAUUCCUGAAGUCACUUGUGGAAAUGUAGUCUUUGAAUAUGUAGCUAUCUGAAAAUGAGGGGUGGCCUUUUUUAGAGGGCUCAGUAUUGAUCUAAUCUUGGAAACAGAGGAAGGUCUAUGCCCAGAAGAUUCUGAAAAAUAUUAUUAUACAUAACAUUUCAGAACAAGAACACACAGAUUUUAACACACAUUCUCAAGAAUAAGCAAACUCAGAGGUGUUUUCAGGCAAGUGAUGAUCAGAAUCACUGGUCAGUAAUAUAGGUAGAAGUGUUGCAUGUCAGUGACUCACAGGUGGCUGUUUCAAACCAUUGUAAAAUGCAUGGGAAGUCUUAUACUAGUACAGACACCAGUAUAGGUGAUAGGUGAUUUUUUCAUUACUCAUGUCACAGCUGAGAAUUUUUAUUCCACUUGGGUACAUUCAUUUCUCUGCUCAUAUGAGAAAAUGCACAAAGCAACAGAUCAUCACUAUACCACUAGUAGUAAUGGCAUGAAAGUGGUAACAUUUGUAUGGAAAAGUCAGCACUCAGUACUCUUAUGCAACAAGAUGAAAAUGUGCAAACUGUUAACUUGUAAUAGAAAUGUCUUUAGUUUCUCAAGUGCAAAGUGCAGUGUCAGCAACACCAUCUUCUAGGGG